AGCUCCUCUGGUUACCUACAGGGACAACCAUCAAAACUGAAAAACACACGGAAAGAGAGAGAGAGAGAGAGAGAGAUGGGGCUGAGAAACCUGAGGCAAGUUGAGAGUAAAGCGAAGGAACUUCUGUUCGUGAUGAAAGAAAAAAGCAUAGUCCGAGAAGCAUGGGAUAAAACCCUUGGUCUAGCAAAGCUCUUAUGCGGCCUCCACGUCACCAACGCUUACCUCUGCACUUUUGUUCUGACCUACGGUCCCAGUAUGCUCCCUACUCUGAGUCUCACCGGUGAUUUGCUACUGGCCGAACGGAUCUCCACCAGGUUCGGCAUGGUGCGUCGAGGUGAUAUUGUUCUUGUACGCUCGCCAAAGGUCCCUACGAAAGUCGUCACCAAGCGCUUGAUUGGCAUGGAGGGCGACUCUGUUACGUACAUUGUGGACCCUGAGAACAGUGAUAGAUGCGAAACCAUUGUGGUUCCGAAGGGACAUGUCUGGGUAGAAGGAGACAAUAUCUAUGUUUCCAAUGAUUCGAGAAAAUUUGGUCCUGUUCCUUAUGGUCUCCUUCAAGGCAAAGUAUUCUGGAGGAUAUGGCCACCCAAGGUUUUUGGACCACUUGAACAGAAGAAAGUGAAGGAUGCAAUGGCAUAAGAAAUUGCAGAUUUCCUUUCAGUAGAAGAGGUCUUGAAGGUUUAGCGUAAACAUUUAAGCUCUGAUAAUGGAAAUUAGAUCUUUAACAAAUCCGAUGUUUUGCUGAUAACAAACAACCUGGGUGGGUAGACACAGCAAAUCCUAUGAACUCUGUGGCAAAACUCGUGAAGGUUGGGACGCUUUUGCCUGUGACUUAGGUGUUCUUAAUGGGGAAUUUUCUUAUAUAAAGCUUCAAAACAGAUCAUCCGAGUUUAUAGCCCCUAGAGGUAAUGAUAUUGGUGGUGUUAUUGUUUUUGAUCCUUCUUUCAUAUUGGGUGGGAUUGAAAUGGAAAAUUAGUUUUCAUGCAUACCAUCUUAUAGACUUUGCAGAUAAGCUUGUUAAGUAUUUCUGACACAGGUUUUUGUGUCGCUUUGUUCCAAUUCCUGGGAAAACAAAACUAGGGGUUCAUACACAGAAAUCAUCGGUUAUCUAUAUAUAUAUAUAUAUAUAUAUAUAUAUUUUUUUUUUUUUGG